AUGGGUACAGAAGCAGCGCCAGUGUCUGCGACACUGCGGAAAAGAGUGUUGAAGGUGCUCUUCAUAUCUCUCCUCCUUGACUUGAUUUCCUUUACUUUCAUCCUUCCCUUAUUCCCCAAACUCAUCGAGUUCUACCGUAACCACGAGACUGGCGAUCCGAACACCGUCCUGUCCAAGGUCCUGCUUGGCCUAAACGCAUACAAGAACUCGUUCGCGAAACCGAUCAACUCCCGCUACGACAUCGUCCUGCUCGGCGGAGCGUUGGGAUCCUUAUUUUCCCUCUGCCAGGCCGUCGCCUCGCCAUUCAUUGGGACACUUUCAGACAAAUAUGGCAGACGCACCGCACUUUUGUGGUCCAUGUGCGGCAACAUCCUCAGUGUUGCUCUGUGGGUUGCUGCGACCGACUUCCGAACCUUCCUCGCAAGCAGAGUUGUGGGUGGAUUGAGUGAGGGCAAUGUGCAGCUGGCAAUGGCAAUUGCAACGGACAUUAGCGAUGAGAGCCAGCGAGGGUCGACAAUGGCGCUUGUUGGAGUAUGCUUCAGCAUUGCAUUUACAUUUGGGCCAGCCCUGGGCGCCUACCUCUCUACACUACAGGUCAUGGAGAAGAACCCGUUUGCCAUGGCAGCUGGAUUCUCGCUUUUCUUGAUCGUCUCCGAGACCAUCUACCUCUACUUCUGUCUCCCCGAGACGCUACCCUCGGCCACCGCAGCGCAGAAUGGCAAUGCAAACAGCAAGACCAAUGGGCAUACGGAGAAAGCCAAUGGAGCACCACGGCCUCGCGUGCGAACCAACUCACACUUUGUCCUCAAUGCUACUCACUUUACCUUCAUCCUCUUCUUUAGCGGCAUGGAGUUCUCCCUGCCAUUCAUGACGUAUGAUCUCUUCUCAUAUCAAGCAAAGGACUCGGGCCGGCUUCUCGGCUUCAUCGGGCUUGUAGCCUCGCUCCUACAGGGCUCCGUUGUACGUCGCAUGCACCCGUUGAAAGUGGUGCAGAUGGGCGUCGUAAGCUGCACAAUCGCAUUCCUCAUUCUUGGGCGCGUACAGACGCAGGGCGCAUUGUACGGCGCUGCUGCACUUCUGGCCGUGACCAGCGCCACCGUUGUUACUGGGCUGAACAGCUUAUCGAGCUUCGAAGCAAGUGCAGAUGAGAGAGGCAAUAAGUUGGGCAAUCAUAGAAGUUUUGGUCAGAUUGGCCGGUCUCUUGGUCCUCUUAUCUUCUGCUCGCUAUACUGGUGGGCAGGCCGAGAGACGGCAUAUGCAACAGGUGCUGCUGGAAUGGUCGGAGUGGCUGCGUUGGUGUUUACAGGAUUGAAGGUGCCACCUGGCACAGAAAAUGUCGGCAAGAAGCAUUGCGGGAUCCGGCCUGGUUUGCCUCUUCGAUCCUCUCCUGUCCCUACACAACACAAGAAGCACACCGGUGUACGCAACAUGGACACGACAGUCGCUGCUGCAUCACUAGCAGCUGUCUCCGGAUUGGCCGCAUAUCUGAACGCAAAGUACCAUAUCGCAUCGGAUCUCAAACUCGUGAGGUUUAAGAAGAGGGCCGCGAAAUAUUAUGCUGAGCUGGUGAGGACAAACCGGCAAGCUCUCUGGUAUCCUUUUGCACUCCAAGUAUCAAGAUACAGCAACACCCUUUGCAUCUGGUCACGAGGAAAGACCUAUACAUGGCAACAAGUCCACGACCGCGCCGCGCAAUGGGCGCAGUUCUUCCUUGCCAACGGCGUGAAACCUGGCGACAUGGUUGCUACCUACAUGAUGAACAAUGCCGACUUCAUGGUCAUCUGGCUGGGCCUGUUUGCUAUUGGUUGCGCGCCAGCUCACCUGAAUUACAAUCUCAAAGGCGAGGGGCUGAUCCAUUGUCUCAAGGUUGCGGGCGUCAAGAUGAUUCUUGUAGACUGUGAUCCAGAUUGUGUUGAGCGUUUCGAAGGCUGCAAAGAGCAGGUGGAGCAGGAGUUGGGUGUUAAGCCAUUCAUUGUUGAUGACGCACUGCUGGAGAAGAUUUAUUCGGGGCCUGUUGUUGUGCCUGGAGACGAGUACCGGGAGAAUGUUGUGGGGUCGGAUCCGACGUGUUUGUUGUACACUUCUGGGACUACGGGCCUUCCUAAAGCUGGAAAAUUCAUGGUCAGCCGGUACCAUGAGCGAGGCAACCCGGACGAUCUUCUGUUCAAUCAAAAACCUGGACCCAACGGCGAUCGAUGGUACUGUUGUAUGCCUCUUUUCCAUGGAACUGGCGGUCUGGCUACUAUGGCGGCGUUGACCAGUGGCAUGAGUGUAGCCAUUGGUCGCAAAUUUUCUACCAGUACGUUUUGGGACGAUAUCCACGAUUCGCAGUCCACGAUGUUCAUCUACGUUGGCGAAGCCGCGCGGUAUCUACUCAUGGCGCCUCCACACCCACGCGAGCGAGACCACAAGCUACGGGGCAUGUACGGCAACGGUAUGCGGCCUGAUGUUUGGAACCGGUUCAAAGAGCGUUUCAACGUGGCCGAAGUGAUCGAGUUCUUCAAUUCCACAGAAGGUGUUCUAGCCAUGAAUGUGUAUUCUAGGGGCCCUUUCACGGCAACAACAGUGGCCCAGCAUGGCGCAAUCAUCCGGAAAGCGCUACACGACGUAUAUGUGCCAGUGCCAAUUGACCCAGAAACUGGCGAGCUUGUACGCGAUCCCAAGACCGGAUUCGUCAAGCGCAACUCGUACAAUGAGGGUGGUGAAAUCCUUGUCAAUAUACCUAGCGAGGAGGCUUUUGCAGGAUAUCACAACAACCCCGAGGCAACGGCAAAGAAGUUUGUGCGCGAUGUAUUCAAAAAGGGCGACCUUUACUACAGAUCUGGCGAUGCGUUGAGGAGAGACGAUGACGGCCGAUGGUUCUUCCUCGACAGAUUGGGCGAUACAUUCCGAUGGAAGAGCGAGAACGUGUCUACCGCUGAAGUUGCAGAGGUUCUUGGAAAAUACCCCGGUGUUGGCGAGGCCAUUGUCUAUGGUACUCUUGUACCCCGACACGACGGCCGUGCUGGUUGCGUCGCUCUGCGGCUUGCAGAUGGCGUCAGUACGGAGUCUUUUGAUUGGAGAGGUCUGUUGCAGUAUUCGAAGAGCAAGUUGCCCAAGUAUGCGGUGCCGGUGUUCAUCAGGCUUGCUAGUGUGGGGAGCAAUACGGACAACCAGAAGCAGAACAAGGGUCCUUUGAGGGAAGAGGGUAUCGAGAUCGACAAAUAUGGAUCGAAGGUUGUAGGAGGUGCGAAUGAUCCGGUCAUGUGGGCGAAGCCUGGUGCGGGUACGUAUGUGAGGUUUACGAUGGACGAUCUGUUGACGUUGCGGGAUGGGAAAAUCUUGAUUUAA